UUCAUGUAAACAAGAUGGCGGAAAGUCCUGAUGAACCACACUACAAAUCAGAUCCUGAACGAAUAGAACGGUUAUUUAAAGAUCUAGAUAAAAAUGGAGACGGUAAAAUAGAUAUCAAUGAAUUGGCUGAAGGGCUGAAAAGGUUUCACGGGGCAAGAUACAGACCAGGGCAGGCUCAACAUGUUAUGAUCCUUGGAGACCAGAAUCUAGACGGUCACAUGUCAUUUGAAGAGUUUGUCAAAUUUACUACAGAUCAUGAGAUGAAACUGUGGCUCGUAUUUAAAAGUGUUGAUGAAAAUAAUAGUGGUAGUGUAGAUGCUUCAGAACUGAAAAGUGCUUUUGAAAAAAUGGGUGUCAAAGUCACCCAACAAGAGGUGGAUCUGCUCAUUAAAGGGAUGGAUUUAGAUAAGACAUUAAAAGUAAACUGGAAUGAAUGGAGAGAAUAUCAUUUAUUAAACCCUAGUGGACAUAGUAUGCAUGAUAUAAUACAGUUCUGGAGACAUGCUAUCUGUAUAGAUAUCGGAGAGGACAUGCUAAUUCCUGAUGAAUUCACAGAAGCAGAGAAGGUAUCAGGAAUGUGGUGGAGACAGCUUGUUGCAGGUGCUGGUGCUGGUGUAGUUUCAAGAACAGCAACUGCGCCACUAGACAGACUCAAAGUGAUGUUACAGGUUCAAGCAUCUCAAAAAAAUAGAAUCGGAGUUGUAUCAGGAUUUAAGAUGAUGUUAAGAGAAGGUGGGAUCAAAUCAUUAUGGCGAGGAAAUGGAGCUAAUGUUAUUAAGAUCGCACCAGAAUCAGCAAUCAAAUUCUUUGCUUAUGAAAAGGCUAAAAAACUUGUAUGUUCAGAUGAAAAACAGCUUGGUGUAGCAGAACGCUUAGUUGCAGGUUCCAUGGCUGGUGUUGCUUCGCAGACUAGUAUAUACCCGCUAGAGGUGCUCAAGACCAGACUCGCUCUCCGUAAGACAGGACAAUACCGAGGCCUUGUCCAUGCAGCAAGUGUGAUCUAUCAAAAAGAAGGCUUGCGUAGCUUCUACAGAGGGCUGUUCCCCAGUUUAUUGGGUAUUAUACCAUAUGCAGGAAUAGAUUUAGCUGUUUAUGAGACACUCAAAAAUUUCUAUCUUAACUAUCACAAGAAUGAAUCAGCAGACCCAGGGGUAUUGGUAUUACUAGCAUGUGGUACAGCAUCAAGUACGUGUGGACAGCUGGCUAGUUAUCCUUUGUCUUUAGUCAGGACUAAACUACAAGCACAGGCUCGUGAGCGUGGCACCGCCUCUGGAGACAACAUGGUUUCUUUAUUAACGAGAAUAUUCAGAGAAGAUGGAGUGCGAGGACUCUAUAGGGGACUCGCACCGAACUUCAUGAAGGUUGCACCUGCAGUCAGUAUUAGCUAUGUAGUAUAUGAGAACCUUCGCAUGGGACUAGGAGUCAUUUGAGAUAAUCGCUACAUGCUUUGAGCAUUUGGAGAAAUAUUGAAUUGAUGCUUUGAUGAAAAUAGCAGACAAUAUGAAUAAAAGAACGAGAUCCACAAGUUUGAAGAAAACUUGAAAAAAACAACACAGAGGACUAAUAUCUAUUACAGGAAAUAUAUUAUCGAGGUCAAAGGUAAAAGAGUGCUUCAUUCAUAUACAGUGUAUAAGCAAAUCAUGAAGACUUAUGCUACGGAGGAGAGAAAUGUACAGCGGAUUACCGCAAAUGCUUAUUCUAUUAGUGCGUCAAAACGUACAGAACGAUGUCUCUUAAUUAGUAUCUUCUAGAUAGCCAAUCAGAACCACGAAAAUAAACACCAACCAAUCACAUUGCUUGAUAAAGGACGUCAUUUAACCUUCAUGAUGGUAGCCAGUCAGAACCACGAAAAUGAACACCAACCAAUCACAUUGCUUGAUAAAGGAAGUCAUUUAACCUUCAUGAUGGCAGCCAGUCAGAACCACGAAAAUAAACACCAACCAAUCACAUUGCUUGAUAAAGGAAGUCAUUUAACCUUCAUGAUAGCAGCCAAUCAGAACCACGAAAAUAAACACCAACCAAUCACAUUGCUUGAUAAAGGACGUCAUUUAACCUUCAUGAUGGUAGCCAAUACGAAUCAUGAAAGGGAACACCAAUCACAUUGCUAGAAUUUGGAAGCCAUUUAAAUGCCAUGGUAGCAUUCUUUUCUUCACGGCUACUAAAAAAAUCCACUCGACGGACAUCUCAAUUCUAAAUGAAUAACACUUUUUAGUUUUACACCGUAUGUGUAUGUUGUAAAACGUCUUUUAUGUUCAAGGUGAGCGCGACGCAUUCAGCUGUAAAUAAAUAUCGUACAAUUUUAACGUUGAAAAUUUUUUGUCGAAAAUUGACUGCAAUUCCAUUUAGUUAAAAAUCUCCAACCAACUUUUAGGAUUUCAUUGAUGAUAUCAAUGCAAAAAUUUCAAGACUUUCUAAAGUUAACAACCUAUUUGUAGAAAAACUUGUAGUAGUGAUAAAAACACCAAAGAGAAAUAAGUUCAUCUUGUUUGCACCUAAUUAUAAAAAUAAGAAUGAUAAAGUUAAUGGUAUUUAUGACAUUUUAAGCUCUGUGAAAUAAUACAGCAAAUACUAAAACUGGUUUACGGAUUAAGUUUCCUGUUAAGUCGAGUCAUGCAGGACUGCGUCGUUGAUAGAUGAAAAGUAUUUGUCCUCUUGCCCCUUACGUGACUAGUCACGUAACUGGUACACUAGUCGAGUUUUGCUGUCACGUGAUGAUGGGGUGAGGAAGUACACGGAAGUCGAGUUUUGGCGUUUGACCGUAUGUUGGAAUUAAAGAGCUUUAUUUAUUAAGUCAUUCUAGAUGAUAAUUUUAUCUUUUGGAUAGGAUAUUCAUCUUAGGUCACGGAUUGUUUGUCCAUCUGCGACUCGCAGAUAAUUUGACAAAAGUUUUAUUAUCGUUUAUUCAGAAUUAUUGAUAUCUGAACGUAACGACUCUCAUCAAAUAUUAAGUCGGCGGUACUCGUCUCGCUUGACGGCCGACCGAUGGCCGUUGGAACGGACAGAAUCCAAAUCUUUUUUAUGUCUUACCCAAUUCAAAUUUAGGCGUAGGCUGAAAAAGCGCCAUGUCGUUAGAUGUUGUCUAGUUGUCUUGGUCAGAGAGAAAAAGGCGCGCUGAACAAGAUAACAUAUGAAUGAAAAUACUGAUAAUCCGUUGAAGUGUUCUAAAACACUUUACCUAGUCAUGUUUAAGUAAUUGUCGUACAGUUAAUAUUAAUCAUUUAUAAUAAUAAACCUUUUAUUGAAUCUUCGA